CAGCACUUCUCGCACCGCGCCGGGGAGGAGGCAGCAGCCGCCGCCGCUCGUGGUCGCGCAGUUCGUGCAGCCGCCGUCGGGCCCGCCGCCGCCGCGCCAUGGUACGUAGCACGGCCGCGGGUUCGGGGGGCAGUGCGCGGGGAGCGGCGGGGUAACGGCGGAACCUCGCGGCGCGGGGGUGGCGGGAGGCCGCGGCCCUUCCCGCCCGGCGGCGCUCCCCCCCGCCGCGCUGCGCGGCUCGCCGGGCCUUUUCCUUCUCCUCCCUUCCCCUUUCUCCGGGCCCUGCAGAGCGGGACCCCGGCCUUCAGCGCGGCCGUGCGGCGCCGCCCGCCCUCUCUCCCUCCCGCCUCGCCCUCCCCGCGCUGCCCUCCGGAAGGGCCGGGCGCGGCUCCGCGGGGCUGCGGCGGGAGCCCGGCACAGCUGCACUGCGCAGGGAGCGGGGGGGGCCGGCCGGGGGAGGGCACCGCGCUGCGGCUAUUGCGCCCUCGCACCCCCCCCUCCCCCCCAUCCCCAAAAAGCGCAGCAUCGCCGCCCGCAUUACAUCAUGUCUCCUCCUCUUCCUCCCCAGCCUCCGCGCACCCCCGGCUACGGAGGGGUGGGGGUGGGGGGGGAGUGGGUAGCGCGCCUCGCUCGCGUCCCCGGCCCCGCGAGGGGGCUCGGCGGGAGAGGCGGCGGAGCUCCCCAGCCCCGGGGUUGGCUGCGGGGGGAGGGACGGCCGCGGGGUGGGGAGCGGAGCGGGGCCGCAGUGCUGCAGCGCGGCCGCCGCCUGUUGCGCGAGCGCCGGCCCCGCCGUGGAAACACACAGCCUCCGUGCCGGCACGGCCUCCCCGAAAGAGGAAGGGCCGGGGAAGCGCUCGGGUUUAUUUUUCCCCGCGGCUCCGGUUUCCGCGAGAGCUCGGGCUGCGGCUGAGCUCUAAUCGCUCCGCGGCCAUCUGGGUGUAGCUCGGCGCUGUCUCUCCAUCUCGCCUUCCUGCCGGGCAGCGCUGACAUCACUCGGACACGGGAGGCGGGGGGGGGGCGGAGGGGGUGGGGGGUGCGGCUCCGGCCGAGGCGCGGCGUGCCCGGGAGCCGCCGCCACCGCCCCUGAGCGCGGCGGCAGGAAGGAGCCCCGCGCAACGGGACGCGGAGCGGUGCCGCGGGCCGCAGGUCGUGCCGAGGCGGGGCUCUGCCUCCCGGCCUGCGGGGCGUGCGGCUGUUACGUAAAUGUCCGUGAGCUGUAAAAUCUCGCAUUUGCUGGAAAACUGCAGUGAGAGUGGGAAGCCAAAGUGCGUUUUGGGUGUGUUUUCUGCAGCUGGUUGGUUCCACAAGAUAAUUGGUUUUUAACUGCGAGCGUUUUUGCGGGUUUUAACCACCCAGUACGUGGCGUUGGUUAGUCACCCCGUACAGGCAUUAAAAUGUUACAAAAAGCAGUGAAGCACAGAUGCAGCCCGUUUGAUACUUAAUGCGUACGUUAGGCAUUCAGCCCUGUGCUGUUCCCCUGUGCCUUAACAGACGUACAGCCAGGGAGUUCCCCAUUGCGUUCGGUGCUCUCUGCUGUAGUUACCCAGCUGCUGUACCUGAGAAUAAUGGGGUUUCAAGACAAAAGGGUUACAAGAUGCCUUUCGUAGCCCUAUGCGGUCAUUUAUUGGGCUUUGUACAAGCUCCUCCAAAAAUGGGCUUUAAAGGAGUUGAUACCUUGUGUUCACCAAUACCUGUGUCGGGGUGUGUAAAAUCCUGUUUCAGGUUUGCUUUCUUGUCAGCGAGAAGAGUUAUUUGCCAUUCUUUCUCUAAAGAGCUGCUUAGCUCCCUUAGUGGAAGGGCCGGAGGUGUGGGUGAUGCCCUGCUUGUCCUGAUGGAGCCUUCUGGAAGGAUGUGGUUGGCACGGUUAGGGGCUGCGGCUGUGUUCCUGCCUGCUGAGCCCCUGGGGUGCAGUGCUAGUCUACCCGUGAGCAGAAGGUCACAGGCAGGUGCUUUCCAUCGUGCUGCCUAAAGGGAUGCACGGAAUGGCCUUUAUGAUGGUAGGGGAUGUCUUGCGGUGCUUGGCUGGGUGAAGGAAUUACACAGGGCUUGAGCUGGCACUUUGUUUCUGUUGGAUGGUGAAAAUUUCUGAUGCUGAGCAGCAGUUCCUCCUGUUGCAGCACAGCCCUUUCAGCAAAGCACGCUGCAGGCUCACGCUGGGGCUGUGCUGGGAGGACGGACCUGUGGAGGAUCACUAGGUGGCACACUUGUCAUCAGCCCACCCGCGUGCAAAUGCCCCCUAUGCUUGAUCAGGGCGCCGUGCUUCUGGAAAUGACAUCUGAUGUGAUGUGAAACUCUAAACACAUGUCAUUAAGGAUUUCAUGCCUCUCUGACCAAUUACAAGGAGCCCGCCUGGUGUCCUUCACUUGACCAAAUGGGGUUCUCUGAGCUGAAGGAUGGCAUAUCUGAUUAUUAAUGGGCAGCUCUGAGGCAAAGUGGCUUUCGUGUCUUUGGAAAUGGCUGCGUUGUGUAUAGGCUGACCAGCUGACCGAAGAGCAGAUUGCUGAAUUCAAGGAAGCCUUUUCCCUAUUUGACAAAGAUGGUGAUGGUACUAUCACAACAAAAGAACUGGGAACUGUCAUGAGGUCGCUGGGUCAAAAUCCAACAGAAGCAGAAUUACAGGAUAUGAUCAACGAGGUAGAUGCUGAUGGUAAUGGCACUAUUGACUUUCCUGAAUUUUUAACCAUGAUGGCCAGAAAAAUGAAGGACACAGACAGCGAGGAAGAAAUCCGUGAGGCAUUCCGAGUCUUUGACAAGGAUGGCAAUGGCUAUAUCAGUGCAGCAGAGCUACGUCAUGUUAUGACAAACUUAGGAGAAAAGCUAACAGACGAAGAAGUAGAUGAAAUGAUCAGAGAAGCAGACAUCGAUGGGGAUGGGCAAGUCAACUAUGAAGAAUUCGUACAGAUGAUGACUGCAAAGUGAAGAGACCUCCUUUACACCUUUUUUCCUCUAGAAGAAUCAAAUUGAAUCUUUUACUUACCUCUUGCAAAAAAAGUUCAUUUAUUCAUUCUGUUUCUGUAUAGCAAAACUGAAUGUCAAAAUACCUUCUGUCCACAAACUGCAUGUAAUGGUUGGUGGUCCUGUCCCCAAAAGAUCAAGUUAAACAUCAGUUUUACAAUAUAAUUAAUUGUACUACCUUGAAAAUAAAUAAAUUAAAAAAAAAAAAGGAAGCACUUAGUGAACUCGAAAGUUCCAUUUGCUAAUGACUAUUACACUGUUUGGGCUGGCCAGUUUUUCAUGCAUGCAGCUUGACAAUUGAGCACAGUCAGACAUUUGUAUUAAAAGGAAAAAAAAAACAAAACUCGAAGAUCCACUCUUUUGUUCGACAGUGGAUUCUAGAUCAAUUUGUAGUAUAAAUUGUCAUAGCUGGUUUACUUUAAAAUUGGUUUAUACCUCAGGAUGGUAUACAGCAAAAAUGGUUGAAGGAUACGAAACUUAGAGAAAAUGCCCUAAAGGUUGAAUGGUUCUCCUGUACGUAGCAGUGUGCUCCAAAAAUACGAUGAUCUUAACUAUGGAUGGCAUGUCUGUGUUAAAAAAUAUUGGUUUAACAUUGUCUGCAUUGCACUAUAGUGAAACGGGUGUCGGGCUGUUACCGUUCACAAAAUUUUUAAAAGAAACCUUCACCAAGGGAGCAUCUUUGGACUCUCAUAUUUUUAAAACCUUCUGUACCAUGACUUGGAGCUGGCGGAGUAGCCUGUGGACUUCAGCACAACUAUCAACAUUGCUGUUCAAGAUAUUACAAUUUAUGUCCAUUCCAAGUUGUAAAUGCUAGUCUUUUUUUCCAAUAAAAGACCAUUAACUUAAAGGUGGUGUUAAAUGCUUUGUAAAGCUAAAAUAUAUAUGUAAUUGAGAUGAUAAACCAAAAAAAGCAGUAGGAGGGAAGCGUUUCUAUGAAUGACUUGCUGCUAAAUUAUAAUGCACAUGUAUGCAAUAAGUUAUCCCCUAUCUUUUCAAGAUGGCAAGAACUGACCUCCUGUAACCCAAGACCUUUGCUAUAAAUAAAUGAACUUGUGCUUGCCUUUCAUAUUACGACAAUGUUAAUUUAGUUGGUCUUAAAGUCGUGUAAUGCUGACUCGUCAACUAUCAGCACAGAAGUAACACCUCAUUUCACUAAAGUGGAGAGCUCUCAGCGUGCAUGUCAAUACUGGGGGAAAUAUGGAUAGGUUGCUAUGUUUUUUUUGACAGGUUAUAGAAACCAGUUGGAGCACUAGAACAGCAUGGGCUGCAUAGAGAUCUGUGAUUAUCGAACAUGCCAAAAAUGCGUUUCUCUACCCACAGAAAGAAAAGAAAUGAACGUUUCUCUUACAAUAUGCUUAAAAGAAAUAAGCCUUUUUGGAAACUGGGGCUAUUAUGUCUUGACUAUCUUCUCAAACACUUGCAUGAAUUUUAUGGGGUGGAGAAGAGGACUAGGGUUAAUUUUUAAAAGUCUUGUUACUUCUGCUUUGCAUGCACUAGCAAUGCUUAGUCAUUCCAGGUCUUUGAGUAAGUGUUCUCUGAUCCUUCAGCUUCCCCAUGAAUGAGUGGCAAAGCAGCUGUGCCGGCUCUUCUUUGUUUGAAAAAAGAAUGUUAUUUUUUUUAAUAGCAGAGCCUCCAUGUGGAAGGCUGUUAAUGCUUGGGAGGGAGGGACUACAGCUUCAUUACUUGAUUAAGUUUGUUUCCAAAUGUAACUGGAGUUGCAAAUCUAAAUUGCUUAAUUGCCUUUGGUUUUGGAGAGUGCUGAUACAAUCUUUUGAGAGAUGUGAGUCUCCAUUCAUCCUGUCUAACUGAGGUGCCUGUGUUAAGAACUUGGUUGGUUAGAAAUGCAGCCUCACUCUGGGGGUAAAGGGACACCUCCAAGAGGCAAUUAAAACUGUCUGCCUUCAGUGAUUCUUAGGUUGUUUGGGUUUUUUUUGGUUGUUGGGGGUGGUUCUGGGUGACCAAGUACCCAGAUAACUUAACCAAGUGCCUGAAAGUUAGAUGGGUUGAAUCUAGGCGGUAGCAUAGAUCUCUAGUUGUAAAGGCUAUUGCUAUGGCUGCGUAUGCCGUCAUAACAAACCAGCUGCUGUGAUGAAAAUGCCUGACUACCAUUUGGCAAGUAAAGCCUUGCAUGGCAGCUGUGAACUGCUACUUAGGUAGUGCUUGAGAAGGGCUGCGCUGAUUCUGCAGACUGGCUUUUAAAGAGAAUGUACUGGAGAGGCAGGCAAGGUAGGAGCAACGGUUGCUGCUCUGAGCUAAUUACUUCUGCCUGAGUGUGCAGAGAUCUUGUCUAGUAGGUAAAUACUUCUUACCAUCUAUCUGUCAUUCACUCAUGGUUGGUAGGGUAGUUCAUUUAAGAACAGCUGCUUUUAGCUUAUUCGGUGUGCUCUGUGCUUGCUAGCAGAGACCUCAUUCCUGCAAGAGGUUCUUGGCUUGAUUAGAAAUUGUCUGGCAGCGUGCAGUGUUGGUAUGCCCUGUAACUGAAUCUGCCUGGAGGUAUCUAAUUAACUGACUUCAGUACCACAUCAACCUCGAGUAAAUGUAUCCUCUGUACAGGACUUUAGCUCUGUUCCUUUCUGCAUAGUGAAUAUCUAGAGAAGAAGUGGUGUCAUCAAGGACUUUUUUUUUUGUGUGUGUGUGUGCGUGUGGCUUUGGCUUUUUCCAAAUGUGAAAGUGUGGGCUGGAUACACUUGGUGCAUGGCUUAGAAACAUGGGACUGGAAAGAACUUCCUGGGUCAUCAGAUCCAGUCCCCUGCUAUUGCAGGCAACCGUGUCAUAUAAUCCUUUUAAUAAACUGAUCAAGCUUAACCACCUGCUUGUAAGUGGCUUGUUUUCAUGGAAGUUCUGUAACUCAUGUUGCUCUCAACUGAUGCAAGUAAUAUAUGAAAUAUGAAGUUAAUCAAAAGGUCCUCCAGCUUAGCUUCAGAUUUGUCAUUACACUUAUUUAACUAACCUUCUCAAAACAUGUUUUUCUUUGCACAACACUCAGGAAAGUGUUGAAUCUUUGCACCCCCUUGUUAUGAAUAAGAGUUGGUGUGCUUGCUUAUUUUUUUUAAUGGAAAAGAUGGAUGUCUGGCUUGUUGAAACUUGUUAGAUGUGUUAAUUGUCAAGGCAAGAAACAAUUGAGUUGUAUUUGAUACAUAAAUUUAAGGCUAGAGUAUACAUAACCAUUUUUAAAAUACAUCAACUUGCAGUGUAGUUUUAUAUUUAAUACUGAAAUUGUACUGCUAAAGUUUAAACUGCUGUUAAUCAUAUUCCUCUUCUGAUCAUAAUGAAAAAAUAAAGGGUAAGAAAAUGCUUAACAUA